CCUCGGACUCCCGCGCCGGCCGCGCCCGGCCGCGCGAAUUGGGCUCUGUGCCUUUAAGGGGGCCGCCAGGAGGCUCCGCUCGGGACAAAAUGUCUGCGGGCAUCGCCGGUCCCCGCCGCGCCGCCCGGCCCGGCUCCCGCCGCCUCCGCCGGGAUGCGCACCGCUGAUCCUUCUUCAGAAAUCUUUCUGCAACAUUCCUCAUGGAAUAGUUGGGUUGUUUGGAUGCCUGGAGGCAGUGACAGAUCAGAAGACCCUCAGGACCUAAUCCACAUCUAAUUAGAAGUUGCAGACAGAAUGAAGAGUGAUGAGCAAGCUGUGGCCAUGGAGGAGUCCCGCGGGCAGGAGGAGGCCGCCGGCCCCGCAGCGCAGGAAGCUGGGAACCUGGCUCCGAAGGAUGCUGCUCCCCAGGCCCCAGGGCAGGGUGGCCCAGCUCCCGGGCCCGCCCCGAUGCCUCCCGGCCAGCUGGGGGCGCCCUACUCCGAGGUCUGGGGCUACUUUCACCUGGCGCCCGCCCGCCCGGGCCUCGAGGAGGGCCCGUGGGCCACGUGCCGGCUGUGCGGGGAGCAGGUGAGCCGCGGCUGGAGCUUCCACGCGAGCACCCCUGAGCUGUGGAAGCACCUGAAGAGCGUGCACCGGCGGGAGCUGGAGAAGAGCGGCUCUCGCCUCUCGCAGCCUAGCCCGCCCGGCCCGCCCUGCCCGCCGCUGCCCGCGCCGCCGCCGCCGCCGCCGCCGCCGGGCCCCGGCCCCGCCGCCGCCGCCGCCGCGGCCGCCGAGGGCGAGUGGGCGCGCCUGCUGGAGCAGAUGCGCGCCCUGGCCCUGCGCGGCAGCCAGCGGGAGCGGGAGCUGGCGCGGCGGGAGGCGGCCGUGGAGCAGGCCGAGCGCGCCCUGGAGCUUCGCCGCAGGGCCCUGCAGGCCGAGGAGUGCGCGGCCGACCUGGCGCGGCGGGAGCUGCUGGCCGAGGAGCGGGUGGCGGAAAUGGUGCGGCGGGAGCUGCAGGCCGACCGCGAGCUGCUGCAGGCGCGGCUGCGGGAAGUGAGCCGCCGCGAGUGCGCCCUGGCCCUGGCCGCCGACCCCAGGCAGGCCGCCUUCAAAGAAGAGCCCGAGAGCGAGGGGGAUGGCUACCUCAUCACUAAGGUCUCCCUGUAGGGCUCCCGCCGGCCCCUCGACUGGACCCGCAGCCUUCCAGAAGCCAGAGAUCGCUCCCCCGCGGGAGCCCCCAGCCCCCACUGCCACCAAGGGGUUGGGAGUGCAAGCUCCAAAGGCCUUUUUGGCAUCGGGCUUUAUUGGGCAUUGGGUGGAAGGGGGUGUUCCUUGGAUUGCCCCAGGGUUGCAAACCCCCAGUCUUAGAGUGCACAGAGUCCGACCCCUUAACCGACGACUUUCAGAGCACAGAAGCCGCUGUCCAACCAGCCAGGACCAAAACUCUUGAGAAGAAAAAGUGACUCACUGACCAGUGAGUCUUUGCCCAGGCGCUGAGAAGAUGGGGGAGGGGCACAUUUGUUUCCUUGUCCCCUCCCCUCCUCUCUUUGGCCUCACUGGGCAGUCCCUAAGCACCCCUUGGAGUACCCUUCCCCAACUUGUCAGACUACCCUAUGUAUCCUCACCUCCGUUUUGUUUCACACCCAUAGUUUUCUGCCUUAAACUCCUGCCUCAGGUUAGAAAUACUUUUCAUCAAAACUUCCCAGUUAUCCCAAAUGUCUGUUUCUAAAAAGAAGCACCCAAACAAGAUUUAUAUAUUACUUUUGAUAGCGCUUUUGCGUCUGUUAAUCCCUUACUAUUUCUUUAAUGACAUUUAGUGUUUGAAGGGCGCCCAUCAUUUGCCGUAGAUGCUCUUCUGGAUCUGUUCCUUUCCUUAUUUCACUCUUGGCUCUCCCUGUAGAGCCACACUCUCUGUGCCAGCGAAUCCUGAUGACCUCUCCAGGUCAGCCCUUCCUGUCCUGCCCCUUGUUUCGUGACUUCCCUCUCUGCAUGGCCACUCAGGACAGAGGGAAGUUGCCUGUCAAUGCUGUGCACCUCCACCCAAUAACUUACAUUGAUUGGGCUCUUAAAAGGUACCCCGUGUGCUCUAUGUGCACUCCACAUAUCACUCUUCCUUUCAGUGGCUGCCUGGGGAGGUUCAUAACAUGCACCUCUAGAGCUAAGGAAACCAAGAGAGGCCUUAGGAGUUGGUGUAAGUGCAGCUACUUGAUCCAGCUACAUACCAGACUAAGUUGCAGAGCUUCGAUGUACGUCCAGUCACCAACUCCAGGAGCCAUGCUGCUGCUGCCUGCCCUUGUUCCUUAGUUCCAGGGUGGUACCUGGUUCUGCGUAAUGACAUGUCCUCAGGAGUCCCCAUGAAUCAGGGCUGGCUGGAUGCUCUACAGAAGCAAUGGCCUGCUACACAGCCGCCUCAUGACAGAAGGGCUAUUGUGAUGGUUUUGUAGAGGAUGAGACAGGCUUAUGGUUGCUGAGGCCUGUUUUCCCAAUCACACAGCUUAGAGAACAGCUCUCAGAUCCAGUUCCACUGAGUCUUAGGCCAUCCACUUCCUUCUGAUGCCACCACCUACCAAGCCUAGAACCUAUGAAGCACUCACUUGGAGUUCAUCUUCCCAAACUUGUCUUCCCACCACUAUCUGUUAGCUGGCAUUCAGGCUGACCAAAGGAACUGCCCUGACCCAAUGCCAGUUAUAUCACCUUCCCUCUCGAGAGAGCCAAAAUGCUCCCAUCACCUAUAAGCUUCACAUUGGUGGCCUGACAUUGAUAUUCCAGUCUUCUACCUUGCCCCACCCUCCGUGAAUAGUGUGGUUCUGCCACAUCAUCCUUUUCUCCCUAAGUGCCUUGGCCUUAGAAUGGCCACAUCUCUGCUUGCCUUCCCUCCACCAAAAAGCUCCUUCAAUCUGAGAAGGAAAAAAAUUCCACUUUUCUUAAACUAUAUUCAAGCUCAACUGCACUAAAUGUUUGGGUUCUCUUCCUUUGGAGGCGAUCACAGCACACUCUAUCCCACAAGCCUUACAAUAAGCCUGAGUAUAUGACUAGAUGGGUUCUUGUCUAACCUCCAUGGCAAGGCCUAGAGCACUUGAGGUUAAGGAUGAAGUUCUUACCCUUCUACACCUACAGUACCCCGUAUGUAAUAGUUAUUUAAUAAAUGUUUGAUGCAUUGAACCUGUACUGUGUUUUAAGAUAUCUCUGAGUUUUUUUAUAGUAAUUGUUAAUAUGAUUGUUAAUUUAUCUUUAAAUCAUAGAGCUCAUAAAAAUAGCUUAAAAGAAAUAGUAAAAAUUGAAAGCUAUUUAGUCAGGAUUUCAUUACUCUGUUUCAGUUAUUGGGCUGUUUGAUUUGAAGCUAAUCAGCUAUCAUAGCAUGUUAUUAUCAAGAAUGUUUACCUAAAACCAAUUUUUUGUUUCAUUAUACAAGUGUCACAAAUGCAGCCUAGGGAAAAUAGCAGAGAAAAUGGUCACGCCCUCUUAUCUCAAUAAAAAUGUUAUUAGCAACUUAAUGUAUUUUAUCAUUUUGU